AUGGGAGUCGGCACCUGGGUGAAGACUGCAAUCUUUUAUCCAGACGAGUUCCGCGCAAUCUUUGCCUAUACUAUAUGGCGCGAUCCAGUGCAUGAUUUCAAGCGCAAUCCUGCCGAGAGUGGCUAUGACCGCGAACGUAUGCGUCAGUGCUGGCAGUUUCUGGAUAUGACGAGCCGUAGUUUUGCUGCUGUCAUCAAGGAGCUGAAAGGCGAGCUUUGUCGAGUCAUUUGUAUUUUUUAUUUAGUGCUGCGUGCACUUGACACUGUGGAAGAUGACAUGACUCUUCCACCCAAGAAAAAGAUUCCCCUCCUCAUCGAUUUCCACAAAAAGUUGUACGAGCCUGGAUGGACUUUUUCUGAAAGCGGCCCGAACGAAAAGGAUCGCCAGCUCUUGGUCCAGUUUGACAAGGUAAUUGAUGAAUAUCAACUGCUCAGCGAAGGUUGUAAAGCUGUGAUUUCCGACAUUUGUGCUCGCAUGGGCGCAGGUAUGGCAUCUUACAUUGAAUUGGGCGACUCACCGGUUGGUUUGACCAUGCAAUCGUGGACCGAUUACGAUUUAUACUGCCAUUUUGUUGCUGGACUUGUUGGCGAAGGUUUGUCAGGUCUCUUUGCGCAAACGGGCAUCGAGUCGCCGAUGGUCGCAGCGCAGCUGUCGCUGUCGAACCACAUGGGUCUGUUCUUGCAAAAGACCAACAUCAUCCGUGACUAUGCGGAGGAUGUGAAUGAGAGCCGGUCAUUUUGGCCGAAGGAAUGCUGGGGCGCGAAUGGUAUUUUCAAGCACGAAAAUGAAGUUCAACUCGGUGUUGUUGAAACUAAAAAAGGCUCCGGAAAAUACAAAUGGGCGGACACGCCGGAAGGCAAAGAAGCGCGCGUUAUUAUGUCGACCAUUCUACUUGACGCGCUUUCGCAUGCUGUGCAUGUAUUGGAAUACAUGCUUCUUUUGCAUGACCAGAGUGUCUUCAAUUUUUGUGCAACGCCCCAGGUCAUGGCGAUUGCUACGUUAGAGCUCAUGCUGGACAACCCCGAUGUGCUGAAAAAGAAUGUGAAGAUCCGCAAAUCGCUCGCCGUGAGCCUCAUUCUCCGAGCCGUGAAUCCGAGGGACGUUGCCUAUACCUUUGUGGAGUACGCCCGUUUUAUGCACAAAAAGAUUCGUGCCGACGACCCCAACUAUGUGCGCUGGUGCGUCGAGCUGGGUCGUAUCGAGGCAUGGGCUGAGGGAAAGUUCCCAUCUUAUGUCAGGACAUCCAAGAAGCAGGACAUUUUCGAUGUGCGUGUCGCCAUGUACGAGAAAUGGGCUGCGUCCAGAGCAGAAAAGGUGGAACAUUACCAAGUGGAGAACAGUUUGCGCCGCAAGCUUGAAAUUGCGAACCCAGCAGCAACCAGGUCUGAGACCAAGAUGAUCAUGCUUAUCACAUUUGGAGUUACCAUCUUCAUGAUGUUCUUCCUUGUGAUCUUCGGUGUACUCUCCUGGUUUGUCUUUUGGUACACAUUCGCAGAAGGCACCGACCCAUUGACGCUCUUUGUCCGUGCACUUUGGAAAGUCGCCUCUGAAACGCUCAAGACCCACCGGUUCAACACCGGCUUUUGGGAUCAAUGGGGAACGCUCAAGUAUGUAUUCAACGAGGCCGGUGAUAUUGUGUCGUACCAAAUGCAGAACCGUGUGUCGAGUUAA